AUGUGCCCCCCCGAAGUUAUGGAGAAGAUUCAAACCAAACCCCUUGACCGACUCCACGACCGCGCAACCAAAUACGCUAUGUAUGUCUGCCUGACUCCUGAUGACAAACUUGCCCUUGAAGAGGCAUAUUUCCGUAUCCGAGGACCGACCAAUUUCAACAACUUCUGUGUUUACAACAAAGUUGCUAGCCCAAUUUACCACAAUAAAUUGCAGACCAUUUCCGACCGAAUGGUGCAGUGUGGAGAGCUGUGGCAGCAGUUGGAUGAAGAGACAAAAGAUCAGUGGCGGGAUCAAGAGUUCUUUGACACCAUAUCUCCACCUGAUAAUGUCGCGCCAGGCUCCAAGCAAUCCGAAGUUGCUGUCACUCAGUGGAAAAAACGUGAACAAUUCAAACUCAACAUGUGGGUCCGCAAAAUGAAGCGCAACCUCAAAAAUCUGAGCACUUCGCAUCAGGUUGAAGGUUUCUUUGUGUUGGCUUCGCGCAACCCUGACAACCCUGAACUUAUAACCGGGGGGAGCAUAUUGGCUGAGGAAUUCCUCGAUGUGCUGGAGAAAGGUGCUAAUACCUUCCAGUUGUUCUACAACUUCAUCAACGGCCAACAAGCGGUCAAAGAAAUCUCGGGUGACUACCCUCGCCCAAGCACAAAGCGCAAACGUUGCUCCGGUAAAGAUCCUGAGCAUGGUGAUUGUCCGUACGAUCUUGGUAGUAAGGUUGCCAAUGCAGCAGAAAUUCGAACAAAGCUCAGGCAAGCGCUGUCCAUAGCUACCCACGGAGUCUGGACUGGUGGUUGGCCAGGUACCAAAACCGUACAAAAGUUGAGCGCACUCGAUGUUACCUUGCAGGUCCACCCAAAUAGCAAGGGUGUUGUACCGGGAGACUUUUGUGCCCGGCCAUCAGAUAUGCGGAUCGCUCAGACUUGCCGUAUUCUGACAACCUUUGCCAACGGGUGGGUCCGACUUAUUGGUCCACCUCCCCCUGAUUCUUCAGAAGGUCAGAUCAGCAUCAUUGGGCGCGAGCCUGACUCGGAUGAAGACGAAGCUCCAGGUAUCACUGUUGGCUUCAACGGGAGCCAAAUCAUUAGUAAGGAUCCCUCGGGAAAGGGCGUGAAGAGAUAUGGCUGCAAAGUUCCCGUUGCUUCUAAGGGAGUCAAGAAACCGAACCCCAAAUUCCAUGCUCGCAAAUCUAAGAACCGUGUCCCAGAUUCUGAAGACAAUACAUCGUCCUCGGAGCUGGGUGACGGAAUUGCUUCACCCGCUCCCAACCGCUGCAUACUCACCAGACAGAAUCUUGCUCUUAUUAACUCGACCGGUCAUUUUUGCAAGGAGAGAUCAAUGACUCCUCACUCUGAAUACAUCCCAAUCCCAGGUGGCUCUGAAUAA